GAGAUAAGUUUGUGGAUUAUAGAGACUCCUUGAGCAACUUUGAGAAACAAACGCAGUAGUAGAUUGCUGGUGCAAGCCACGCAAAUCAAUAAACUUCCAUGGCCAAGCCGCAGUUCUUUCUUUUCCUCUUGCUGGAAAUCAUAGCAGCAAGAGCUCUGGUUGUUCUAGCUCAGUCUUCAUCUGGAGAUUCAAUGACGCCGAACAGCUCACUUAUCGAUGGCCAGACCUUGAUAUCAGCGGGACGCAUAUUCCAGCUUGGCUUCUUCAAUCCUGAUCAAGAUUCGGAGAAUGGAUAUCUAGGAAUUUGGUACUACAAUCGCCCGCCGGGACAGAGCAUAGUAGUAUGGGUUGCCAAUAGGAACAGGUCUCUGAACAGAGCCGCCUCCUCACUGAACCUGACCUCUGACGGAAAUCUAAUCCUCUUCGACGGAGAAACACCUGUUUGGUCGACGGGAACAUCCACAGAAUCUAAUUCCGCACGCUUGCAACUUUUAGACUCGGGUAAUCUUAUGCUGACCGCCGAAAACUUCAGCAGGACUGAUCUAUGGCAGAGCUUCGACCACCCAAGCGACACACUUCUCCCCGGCAUGAAGCUUGGAUUCGACCUCCGAAGAAACACUUCGUGGAAGCUCGUGUCAUGGAGGAGCGACGUAGACCCCUCUCCGGGCAACUACACUCACGAGAUGGAGACUCGUGGGGUUCCAGAGUUCAUAACAAUGAAUGGAACCACCAAAAUCCAUCGAAGCGGACCGUGGACGGGACAUGGAUUCGUCGGCCUUCCUCAUACGAUGAGCAGAACCUUGGCAAGGAGCCUAAACAUGACAUUCGUGUCCGACGAAAACGAGAGCUACUACAUGACUGAAUACAAGGACCAGUCGAUACUAUCGCGGGCGGUGAUGGGAACUGACGGAAGCUACAAGCGGUGGAACUGGGAAAAUGGAGAAUGGAGACUUUUUUGGUCAUUUCCGGAGGAUGAUUUAGAUCAGUACAAUCUCUGUGGAAACGGCAGCGUUUGCUCUAGGGGCUACUAUUCUUUCUCCUGUAACUGUCUGCAUGGGUUUGUGCCGGUUGAGAACAAAAGUAGAGGGUGCGUGAGAGAGAAGCCCCUGAAUUGCUACUCAAACCAGGUUUGGAAGGUGCAGAACAUCAUGGUGCCGGACACUGAGAAUGCCACAGCGCACGGUGGGAUGAGUCUGGAUGCAUGCAAGCGCUUGUGCUUGGGUAGUUGCUCCUGCGCGGCGUACGCUGUGCUGGAUGGGCCGAAUGGGUGUGUGACUUGGCGUGGUGACCUAUUGGACAUGAGAUAUUAUACCGACGGAGGAAACGAUCUAUACAUUCGGCUUGCAGAAUCACCUACAUCAAAGAGGAAGAAGAAGCAUGUGUGGGCGAUAACGGUACCAGUGAUGCUUGGAUUUCUGCUACUUUGUUAUCUGGUUGUAGCCAUGAAGAGGAGGAGAAACAGAGCCCUGAAACAAGGAACUCAGAAUCAUAUCGAGUCCUCGGCCAAGGAGACCCAAUCGACAUUGCAGUUUCCAAAUGUGGAGGGCGGUGACUUGCAGAGCCUCCCUGAACAUUCUGAUUCGAUGGCUGAUAAUGAUGUAACUGACUCUGAGCAUUCUGGUUUCUGUGAGUAUGGAGGAGUAGGUUCGAUCAUCGCAUUAGGGGUGCUACCUUCUUAUGAUUUAUGUACAAUAAAAGCUGCAACGAAUGACUUCUCGAAUGAAAACAAACUCGGAGAAGGUGGAUUUGGUGUUGUGUACAAGGGAGAGUUGCAAGAUGGGCAAAAGAUCGCGGUCAAGAAACUAUCAAGAUUCUCCUCACAAGGCCCAAAGGAGUUCCAGAACGAGUUGUCACUGAUAGCCAAGUUACAGCAUAGAAAUCUGGUUCGUCUUCUAGGCUCAUGCAUUGAGGGAGAUGAACGACUCAUCGUCUUGGAAUAUAUGGAAAACAAGAGCUUAGAUGCAUACAUCUUUGAUAAAGCAAAGAGCCCGGUGUUAAAUUGGCAAAAGCGUCUUGAGAUUAUAAAUGGGAUUGCCCGAGGGCUGCUUUAUUUGCAUCAAGAUUCUAUAUUGAGAGUCAUUCAUAGAGAUCUUAAGCCGAGCAAUAUCCUCCUCGACAAGAACAUGACUCCAAAGAUUUCAGAUUUUGGCAUUGCAAGGAUAUUUGAAGGUGAUGGAGCUUUAGAAAAUACAACCACAAGACCGGUUGGGACAUUUGGUUAUAUAGCACCGGAAUACAUAGCUUAUGGAGUCUUUUCAUUUAAAUCUGAUGUAUUUAGCUUUGGUGUGAUAAUACUAGAAAUCUUGAGCGGUAAGAGGAAUAAAAUAUUCAGAAACACGGAUGCUAAUUUAAACCUUUUAGGACAUGCAUAUAAACUUUGGAAGGAAGGUAGAUCUUUAGAGAUUCUUGAUGAUGCACUAGAUCAUUCAUAUCCUACUGCAGAAAUCCUUCGUUGCAUUCGAUUGGGUCUUUUAUGUGUACAAGAUAACUGUGAAGACAGACCAACAUUGACAGAGGUAGUGAUGAUGUUAGCAAGCGAGGAUCAACUUUUGACGCCACUUAAGCAACCUACAAUAACAUCAAUGAGUUGUGUUACUACUAAAGAAAUAAGUCACUCAAUUUCAGGACGAUAAGUUCAAGAUCUCUCAUCAUCUACACUUACAAAAAUAGACCUACUUUGUGUACCAUUUUCUUGGAGUUACAACUCUUCUCUAACUAGGUGAUCAACAUAUAAAAUUUACCAUAUUGAUCAAACUUACAUGCCCUUGCACAUAUUCAAAUCAAUCAGGUCUAGUUUAUAACACCCAAAUUUAUUUCUUACUCAAAGUAAAAAAAAUUUGUCCAAUUUUCUUUGGAGU